UAUAGCCUUACUAUGAAAAGAAAAGUAAUUACAAAAUAUCAGCGUAUGAAUACGUCGGGAACCGGAAUGAUUGAAAUCGAGAGAUUUAAAAAAUGUUCAAAAACUUUCAUCAUCAAGAACAGCAAGAAAUAUACAGACUAUAAAUCAUUUUUUAGUUAUAUUUCAGAUAAGCUAAUUUCUAAGUUGAAAAAAUCAUGUUUAAAUACAUCGAUAAAAUUUAAUAUACAUGUUGACACUGUUUACGAACGUCCAGUAACCCAUGAUAUUCAGGAUAUGGCUUUUAAAACUUCAAACAUUUUAGCAUGUAAUUCAUCUGAUUUUACUAUUUUAUUGAACAGAAUGUUUAAUAAAAUAUUAACUGAGGAAUCAGAAUUUAUUGCAAAAGGUUCAGGUUGGUCACUUGUAUGAAUAGAUGGGUUACAAUUAAGAAUUAAUUUAGUAAACCCUUUGAAAGGAAGUUCAUAUAUUGAUUUACCUAUAUUUAUAAAAAAAAAAAAAGCCAUUAUAAAUGUUAGAAAUAAAGAUGAAUAUUGUUUUAAAUAUUCUAUACUUAGCAAAUAUGAUAAACGUUCGAAUAAAUCACGAUUUAACCAAACGUAUUUCAAUAUUCUAGAAAAAAAAAGUGGAUUAAAUUUUAAAUGUAUUGAUUUUCCGACACCAAUAAAACAAAUAAAAAAAUUUGAACGUCUAAACAAUGUUUCAGUUAAUAUUUAUAGUUUAAAUAAUAAAAGUAAUAUUUUUCCUUUAUGUAUAAGUAAAAUAGAAAGAAAAAAUCAUUUUGAUCUAUUUUUAUACAAUAACGAUAAAACAUUUCAUUAUUGUUAUAAUAAAGAUUUCUCAAGAUUUAUUAGAAGUCAGAAAACUAAAAAUUGUUCUAAGUUAAUUAUUUGUAAGAGAUGUUUUACAAUUUUCGGGAAUAAACCGUGUAAAAGUAAACUUUGGGGUGAAGAAGGAUUGAUUAAACAUAAGCAAAUGUGUGAUAAGAAUGAAUUAGGAAGACCAAUAAUGUUUGAAGAAGGAAAAGAUGAUGAAUUCAUAUAUUUUAAAAGUUAUAAAAAAACCAAUAGAAUACCGUUUGUUAUUUAUGCUGACUUUGAAUGUAUUUUAAACCCUAAACAGACUAUAGAGUUGAAUAAAAGUAGUAAAAAAUCUAAGGUUUCUAAAACCCAUAUUACUUAUUUACAUGAAAUUAUGAGUUAUGCGUUUUAUGUAAAAGUUGACUAUGACAGUAUAACAGAAAAGCUAUUGCAUCAAUUUAAAAUUCCAACAAAGAUAAUAAUGUAUAGAGGUAAAGAUGCAGCAAAAUAGUUUAUGGAAAAUAUGAUCGAUAUUGGAAAAAAGAUAAAUGAUGUAUAUGAAAUUAAUAUACCAAUGACUACAUUGACUGAAACGGAAGAAAAACAAUUUCAGAGA